UACUUCUUUGCUUCUUUGCUUGGUUUCUUCCAUUAUUUCUGGUCCUCACAUUCAUGAUCUACUUAACUACAUCUCUUUCUAUUCUGGCAACGUUGGUGAUGACCCUUUGAGGAACUUUGGCCAAUAUAUAUCUGCCAACACUACUCUUAUAACAAACUUUGAUCAAAUAUUUUUCUGCAAUGUCACCGUUUUCCACUCCAUUUCAAACUCCAAUCCAUUAGGAUUUCCUUUCCGCUUAGAUGUAGCCAGCUACUAGAAUGGAUGAUCAGAACGGAAUGGGUAUUGAAUUUGAGACAUUCACGUGGAAAAUUGAAAAUUUCUCAAGACAAAACACCAAGAAUCUACGAUCAAAGGCUUUUCGAAUCCGAGGUUAUAAAUGGCGGAUUUGUCUAUAUCCAUUAAUGAAAAAUGUUGAUCAUUUUUCAUUGUAUUUGAUGGUUGCGGAUUCUUUACCACCAUAUGGAUGGAAUAGAAAUACGUAUUUCAAGUUAGCUCUUAUUAAUCAAUUGGAUGACAAUAAGUCAAUUGUAAAGGAGACACAUCAAAAGUUCAAUGGUGGAUAUCGUAGCUGGGGCUCAUUUUUCAUGAAUCUUAAUGACUUCUAUGACUCUAAACAAGGGUAUCUUGUGAACAAUACAUGCACCAUUGAAGCUCAUGUUUGUGUCUCCGAUCUUAGCACUCUCCAAGCUAACAAUUACUUGAACAAAAUUAUUCCAUCCAACGAAACUCAAUUAGGUGAUCAAGUAGCAAGAAAUUCAAAAUCCACACAACAGGAAGAUGAUAAACAGACAGAAACAUCAUAUGAGAGUGAUACACUUAGUUCUUCAGCAACCUGUGAGUCUAGUCAAACAGAAGAAGAAGUUCAAGGCUCAGAUUUGACACUAAAAGACCUUCUAGAUUUGGAGAGUUUAGGAAAAGAAGAAGCAUCAUUUGUUCCAUUGUUGGAGGAGGCAUGCAUAUGGCAUCCUUCCCUAAUAAGGAGCCAAAGGAAAAGUUCUAGAUGGUUCAAACUAUGGGCAUUUUCAUCUUUGGGUCAAGUUCUCCAUUUACUCAAGACAAAUAAGGUGAAAGAUAUGGAUGAAAAUGCGUGCAAUCACCUUCAAGGUUUAUGGGAGGAACUUGUGAAACACUCUGGAUUUCAGUUGUCUUGGUUGGAGCCUUAUGUUCAAUCUGCUUUGGGUAUAAAAGCUCAUUUGGAAAAAAUAACUGAGAUGAAUAAACUGAAAAACAGUGUGGUUGAUUUGGAAAUUAAAAUGAAGAAGCUGAGGGAAGAGUUGGCAGCUGCAGAAGUUGAGUUUGAGGCAAUAAGGAAAGCUUUGGCCGAAGCAAAAAAAGGUUUCAUAGAGAUAGAUUUGAAUGCAGAUUUAGGUUAUGCCAUGUUUUAAACACAUUACAUGUAUAAGACAAAUUAGUAAAAUAUCAUUUAUAAUAUACUUUUUUAUUGUCA